UGUGUGUGAAGAGUAAGACUCUUGAAGUGUAUAAUAAAGGUUAAUGCACUGAAGUACAGGAGAAAGAAGCGGUGAACGCGAUGGACGGAGCAGUGGCUGUUCUUUUAAUCUCUCUCGCGAUGUUUGUGGGAUGUUUUCUCCUCGGACUCAUUCCAUUACUGGUCAACUUUUCCCAGGAGAAACAGCAGUUUAUUACUGUGCUGGGGGCGGGGCUUUUGUGUGGCACCGCCCUCGCGAUUAUUAUUCCGGAGGGGGUGGAGCUACUGGAGGGGUCAUCCAGAGAUUCAUUUUGCUCGGUUGUAACUGCUAAGCUGAAUGCCUCCGAUUUGAAUUCUACUCUCAAGUCUUCCAGAGAGAAAAGAUUGCGUCCGCAUGUCUUCAUUGGAGCAUCACUGGUCCUGGGGUUCACGUUGAUGUUUGUGGUUGAUCAGAUUGCUGACUACUACUCUGCACACGUUGCCCGUGCAAGUGUAUACAGUGGCAGUACCACAGCAACUCUGGGUCUCCUCAUUCACGCAGCAGCUGAUGGUAUAUCUCUAGGUGCAGCUGUUGCAUCGUCUCAAGUGUCAGUUCAGGUCAUUGUCUUCUUUGCUGUGAUUUUGCACAAGGCUCCAGCUGCGUUCGGUCUCGUCUCGUUCCUCAUGCACGCAGGUUUGGAGAGAAGCACAGUUCAGAAGCAUUUGCUGGCGUUUUCAUGUGCAGCUCCUCUGACUGCGAUCAGCACUUACUUCAUCCUGCUUGCGUCGGGUGGAUCGACAGAGCACCGUCUCAGUGCGACAGGAAUUGGCAUGCUGGUCUCCGCUGGGACUUUCCUUUACGUGGCUACGGUGCAUGUACUGCCUGAGAUUAACAGCAGAGGACAGCAGCGAUCCAGUCACACUCACCACCAUGCAGGCACAGGAAUAUACCAUCACGCAGGACUCGGGUUAAUGGAAAGCAUCACUCUGGUCGCAGGAGCUGGACUUCCUGUGCUCUUAGCCCUCGGCCUACCUGAUGAAUGAAGAGUUGUUACGUUGCCAAACGUUAUUUCUGGGAUGGAAUGUGUUUUAAAUGCAUUUUAGACUUGAUAAUGCUCAAUGAGUAUGAAUAUUUAUGAUUCUUGUCUUUGGGUUUUUUUCCCCACUUUGCCAAUCCCUAAACCAGCAUUACAGGAACAUGGUACUGAGUUUUUUUUAUUUAUCAAGUGCACUAGCCCUAUUUAUUUCCACUAUCAAAAUCAUUUGCACUGUUGUCCAGGAAUACAAAAACAAUAAACACAUUAUUCAUAU